AUAUAUCCACAACAAUUAAUAUAUCCAAAGUUUGUAUUAUAAUUAGCAGUAUGGCUCUUUCUUCAAUUCAAGUGUUUACUUUGUUUCUCAUUGCUUUCAUAGCUACAACUACUGUUCAGGUGAAGGCUUCACGAGAUUUACCCGUGGAAAUCGUGGCGCUGGAGCAAAAAUUCGCUCUUGUUGGUGAUAUUUUGACUUGCCUAAAGGCAUGCAAAGUUAAAAGUGAUUGUAAUGAUGCUUGGGUUUGUAGUGAUUGUGCACCAAAUGCUUUCCCACCAAACUACCAUUGUGAUGUGCUCACAGCUAAUGGUCAAGGAUAUUAUGCAACUAUGUUACAAGCACGUUCCAACAAGCAAAUUGUUUGAUUUUAUAUAUAUAUAUCAAGUUAUGUUUGUGUAUGUGAUGCUUCAAGAGUUUAUGUGAGUCUUGUUUUGUGUGUGUGUGUGUUGUAAUAAGUGAGCAAAUUUCUUUCUAAGAAAAAGAGAUUUGGUUACACCUCUAGUUGGAGCUACUUAUCAUGAUGUUCUACUACCAAUAUAUAUUAUAUUAUAUUAUGUGUGGUUGUUCUAGUUA